AUGCCAUACAAUCCCAUGGAAGAAACAAGCAAAGCCGGGCCGUUUCUCGGCCAACUUAAGAAUGGCUCUGUCGCAGACUGUAUUGGAGCUACGCCAUUAGUCCAUCUCAACCGCCUCCCUGCUGCGAUCGGUAUUAAAGCGCAGGUGUAUGCGAAGCUCGAAUACUUUAAUGCGAGCGGUUCAGUGAAGGACCGGAUCGCCAAACGCAUGGUUGAGAAAGCGGAAAGAGAUGGGACGAUCAAACCUGGAGAUACGUUGAUUGAGGCUUCGAGUGGCAACACUGGAAUCGCUAUUGCCUUGAUGGCCGCUAUCAAGGGCUACGAAUGCAUCAUCACACUCUCGGAGAAGAUGUCGCUUGAAAAGGAGCAGAUUUUGAAAGCUUUAGGAGCGAAGGUCGUUCGUACUCCAGCCGGUGUUCCCAUCGACUCCCCGGACUCCAUCAUCAGCGUGGCACAGCGUCUCCAGAAGGAGAUUCCGAACUCCUUUAUCCUCAAUCAAUACACAAACCCUGAAAAUCCGGCUGCACAUGAAUUUGGGACCGCGGAGGAGCUGUUACACCAAACGGAAGGACGGAUCGACGUGUUAAUCAGCGGAGCUGGCACCGGAGGAACCGUCACGGGCACAACAAGGGGUCUUAAGAAACACAGGAAGGAUAUCCUGUGCGUGGCAGUUGAUCCAUUUGGAUCAGUUCUUGCUCAACCAGACGAUCUUAACAAUCUCAGGGCGGAAUACAAGGUUGAAGGCAUCGGGUACGACUUUGUGCCGGAGGUCUUGAAUCAAGCUGAGCCCGACCUCUGGAUUAAAACCUCCGAUCGGGAUUCUUUCCAGUAUGCACGACGUCUUGUGCGAGAGGAAGGGCUCCUUUGUGGAGGGUCUUCCGGUGCGACUAUUGCCGCACUAGUUCAGCUGGUCGAAGCUCGUCCUGAACUUAACGCGGAAGACAAGCUCAUUGUCGUUAUACUGCCGGAUAGUCUUCGUAACUAUCUGACAAAGUUUGCUGAUGACAACUGGAUGGCAGAGCAUGGAUACAAUGUUUUUGAUAGCGGCUGCACUUUGGGACCUAAUUCUAAGAGCACACAGUGA